GUGUUUCCGCUCGAACCGGAAGUGCUUCUUCUUCGUCUUUUUUUAAACUGGGGAACGUGUUUGUCGCGUUGCUGAUUCUCAAAGUUCAUAAAUGUGAGCGUCUCCUCAUCUGUUUCGAUUGGCUGGUUGAACAGAGAGCGAUGGCCGGUCCAGAGCUCUUGUUGGACUCCAGUAUUCGUCUGUGGGUGGUCCUGCCCAUUGUUUUCAUCACCUUCUUUGUCGGGAUCAUCCGUCACUACGUCACCCAGCUGCUCCACAGCGACAAAAAGGUCGACCUGGAACAGGUCUCUGACAGCCAGGUGCUCCUGCGCAGCCGCAUCCUCAGAGAGAAUGGAAAGUAUAUUCCCCGACAGUCUUUCGCCAUGAGGAAACAUUAUUUCAACAACGCAGAAACUGGCUUCUUCAAGAAGGUCAAGAGGAAGGUCGUCCCCAAGAACCCCAUGACAGACACCAGCAUGUUGACGGACAUGAUGAAGGGAAACCUGACCAACGUCCUGCCCAUGAUUGUGAUUGGUGGAUGGAUAAACUGGGCUUUCUCUGGAUUCGUCAUAACCAAGGUGCCGUUCCCUCUGACUCUGAGGUUCAAGCCGAUGUUACAGCGAGGGAUCGACCUGCUGUCACUGGAUGCUUCCUGGGUGAGCUCAGCGUCCUGGUACUUCCUCAACGUGUUUGGACUGAGGAGCAUGUACAGCCUCAUACUGGGACAGGACAACGCUGCUGACCAGUCACGGAUCAUGCAGGACCAGAUGACAGGUGCUGCCAUGGCGAUGCCCCCUGACCCCAACAAGGCUUUUAAGAGCGAGUGGGAGGCGCUGGAGAUCGUGGAACACAAGUGGGCACUGGAGAACGUAGAGGAGGAGCUGAUGUCCAGAGACCUGAACUUUGGAACUUUCUUCAGCCAGGACAUCAAGUCCACAAUGUUCUAGAUCAGCCAGGACCUGUGAGCUCUGCUAGAACCCUGAUACGAGAACACAGGGCCUGCAAGGUUUGUGAAGGUUCUGAAGGUUCUGGAACACAGUACACACAAAUCCUAGAAUUAAAGAAAUGAAGAUGUGUCUGAAAUCAGUCUUCACUACCUCAGGCUAUUAGCCUUUUGGUGAACUUCUAGACUAAGUGUGUAAAAGUUAUGUGCUACAUAGGUGCCUUCACAAAUUUACACAAAGGAACAAAAGUAUAUUAUCCAUAAUGACAUGGACACGACUGCAGCUCUUGUUACGAAUCAAUGCAGAACUUGAACUUCGCUCCUGAGAUGUGCAGAUUCAAAACGAUGAUUCAGUGUCUGAAAUUCAGUUUAAUAACUCACAAUGAUAAAUCAUGACAUGGCCGAUGUUUUUAUUAAACAUUUUGUCAAAAAUUAGCUUAAAUGGGUCUUGAAUACAUCCACUUAUAAACAUUUUCCAGAGCUUUCCAAACAAUCACAGUCUUCAUUAAAUAUUAGGUUGUUGGCUCAGUUGUCAUCAAGAGGUGUUGGUAUACAUCUAAAAAAAAACACAGUGUACCUUAAGUAGAUUUUAUUUUCUGUCAAACGAAGUUUCACAUUCAAAAUUUACACGCAGUGUUUGUGUGCUCAGUGUUCCAGAACAUAAAUAUUUUCUAAGCAGGCUUUUUAAAUCCUCCUCACUCUCCAGCAUGGAGCAGUCAAGUUUUUAGAAUGGAUCCCAAAAGAUCCCAAAGACCAGUUUGUUUCAGUAAACCAGCAGAUCCUGGACCAGGUCUUUGUGUCAGACGAAUCCUCUCAGGAAGAUGUUUCUGUUGAUCACAAUGCAGGAAACAGAAGCGGCGUUUAAAGAGACUGGGACGUUUGGAGAGGACGGUGUUUUCAUGUUUUCAUCCUGCAGAACAUUUUGCAUGUACUUUUCUACACUGUGGUCGUCCAGCUGCUGUUGGUAUCCACGGCGACUAGAAGUGAGUGCAAUAGUUAAAUAAAGGUGCCAUCACAACUAA